CACACACUCCCGCUCUGGGUUACACCCCUCCAUCUCCGACUCAUCCAUGUGGGACCGCAUUCACAUUCUGUGCACGGAGUCAGAGCGAAAGAGGAACGAGAGGAGGCAAACUGCGUGUGUUUUCCCCACGAAGUCCGCCACGGCGUUCAAAGAGGUGAAGGAGGUCAGGCCUCUUCUUGAUAUUCAGAGAAAGCAUAAGCUAGACAGCCCACCCCACACCCCACCCUUCUUCAUGUAUCAGGUGCCCCGAGUGCACUGAACAGGAUCUCUGCUUUCCACACCGCGAAUGAGAAAGAGAAGCGAUGACUCAAAACGAUAGCUGCUGCAGAUUUUUAAGCAGAGUCAUUUACAGCUGCCACUGGGAGCAAUCGAGUGACAACAACAGUAAACGUGCAUGCUGCUGGUUCCUCUUUGUCGCUCUCGUCUCCCUGCUUUCCCUGUGCUGGAUGUACAUUUGGUACAUUGCUUCUAAUGACCAAGAUGAAGUUAACUGGAAUGCCUUCACAAAGCUGAAUCUGUGGGUGAACUGGUUCGUGGUGGUGAUGAUCAUUUCCGCCUUGUUAACCAGCUACUGCGUUCUGCUGCUGCUCUUCGCACUGAUCCAGCUUGCCUUACAGGAACCACUCGAUUUACAUUGGCUACACAAGAUCUUAUUGUUUUUGGAUGUGCUAGUCAUCGUUUCUGGGGUCACAGUAAUUACUAAGUUUGGGCGAAAAGAAUGGUCAACUGUUCUCCUCUCAAUGCAGGCUGCGGGUCCUUUCCUGCAGUUCGGUGCUGUUGGGGCUUUGACUGUGCUGAGCCCUUUCGUCCUCAGAGGCUUCCACAUGGCAGACAAAAAGUGGUCUAAGCUCCUCAUUGCAGUGGUGUUUCUAACAGUGUCAGCAGUCAUCUUCCUGUGCCCCCUAUACAUCCAGUCUCCUUGUCUAAUAGAAAAGCAUAACUUACCGGAAAAACCAAAGCUCAUUGGCCACCGAGGCGCACCAAUGCUGGCCCCAGAGAACACCAUGAUGUCGUUCAACAAGAGCAUCGCGUGCGGCGUGACAGCCUUUGAAACAGACGUGCAGCUCAGCAAAGACAGAAUUCCUUUCCUGAUGCACGACAAAAACUCUGGCUUCUUGCUAAGAACUACAGACGUAAAAGAGAAGUUCCCUAACCAAAACUUCAACAGCAGCACCAGCUUGACCUGGGACGAAUACCAGACUCUGAAUGCAGGUGAAUGGUUCUUAAAGGCAGAUCCUUUCCGUUCAGUGUCCAAGCUCUCAGAGGAGGACGUGGAAACAGCCAGGAAUCAGACUAUACCUUCCUUACAUCAGCUCCUCAUCCUGGCCAAGCAGCACAACAUCUCAGUGCUGUUUGACCUAUAUAAUCCAGAUGAAGAAAAUGACACAGAGGACAUAGUCAACACCAUUUUGAAUUCUGGCAUUAACCCAAGACUGGUCCUCUGGCUCCCGCCAAAAAAGAGGGAAUUUGUAAAGAAGACUGUGCCAGGCUUCAUCCAGGUCUAUAGUAACAGUGAAAACCUCCAAGAAAAUAAGGGAAACUACCUGAAUGCGCCAUACAACUUGAGUAUGGAAAAAAUCAGGGAACUGCGAGGCAUGAAUGUGACAGUGAACCUGUGGGUGGUUAAUGAGCCCUGGCUGUUCUCUCUGCUGUGGUGUGCAGGGGUCAGCUCUGUUACCACCAACUCCUGCCACAUCCUCAAAAAGAUGGACAAGCCUCACUGGGUCAUGGCACUUCAGACAUACAAUAUAGCAUGGAUUUCCGUGAACAUUGUAGCUAUUGUGUUGAUGACUGGACUCUACAUGUUUCACUGGAAAAGACACUGUUUCCGUCACAGAACAGGAAUCCAGAACCAAAGAGACAAUACUUCAGUCUUGCAUGACAGAGAACAGGUUUCCCUCUUACUGUAGUUUGGGGAAUUUGCUCGACUCCAGCUGAGGAUUUCUCUGCCUCAAAACUGAUGUCUGCACUGCCAGAGGGGCUUAGACCUAAAUCAGGAAAAAAGCAAGCAGAGAUUAUACAAUGUGAAUCGAGUAUUAGCACUAUGCCACUUAAUGGCAGUUUUAAUUUUUUGUUUCCGUACAAGUCUAACUGGUUUACUGGGUUUACCUUUCACUGGGUUUUGAACUUUCUUUGGCUGCUACUGAAAAUGUGAAGCUUUUUUGAUUGCAUCACUGCAACAUGCACUGUGGAUUUGUACUUAAUUUCCUCUUGGCACUUUAUGUCUUUACUGUAUUUUUGUUUUGUUUUUUUUUUUUAUUAUUCCUGUGUGUUACAAAACUGUGGUGCCUCCACUUCAGAGAUGUGUGUAUAUACUGUAACCUGAGCCAAAAGCACUCCAACUAUUUUAUACACUCCCCUGUGCAUUUAAUAAUUUACAGCAUGAAUCAAUGAAUUAAUUCAGAAGAGUCAUAACGUGAAAACAAGUAACAUAGAUAUUACAAAGAUUGUAUUACAACAUAUAUUUCCAACAUAUUUUAUGUGCCCUGUCAUCAUUUCCUGGACUGUUUUCUUUGUAAUACAGUGGGUGUCACAUUUUCCACAGUCUGCCGUUGCAUUAGAAGCACAAAUGACUUUUUAUAUCCCUCAGACAACAAAUGCAAAAUCACACAUCAGGAAUAUGUGUAAAUAUGAAAUAAAAUAUGUCUUUAAACAAUC